CCCUCAACACUGGGGCAGCUCUCCAGUAUGUCAGGGACAAUGUCUUUAUUGCCUCCUCCGGAAGUAGGCGCCUUGAAGGUGUUCCACAGAUUCUGAUACUGCUGAAUGGUGGAAGGUCCUUUGACAAUGUAGAUACACCAGCGUCUGCUCUCAAGGAGCUUGGUGUCUUGGUGUUUGGAAUUGGAACAAGGAGCUCUGAUAGCAGAGAAUUACAAAAAAUAUCCUAUGACCCCAGUUAUGCUCUUUCCGUGUCUGAAUUUAUUGACCUCCCCAACGUCCAACAGCAGCUUCUUUCUGCUAUGGGCACUGUCAUUGUACAGGUCACAACCAUGACACCAACAGUAAAACCAACAAUUCUAGUUGAGAGUCAGGCUCCCAGGAGGGAUGUCGUGUUCUUGCUGGAUGGAUCUGAUGGCACUAGGAGUGGAUUCCCAGCAAUGCGGGACUUUGUUCAAAGAGUAGUGGAGACACUCGGUGUGGAUGAGAACAAAGAUCGCGUGGCUGUGGUCCAGUACAGUAGAGAUCCAGCCGCCCAAUUCUAUCUGAACACAUACACAACAAAAGGAGAGAUUCUCAACACUGUAAGAGGUCUGAGACACAAAGGUGGGAGACCUCUCAACACUGGAGCAGCUCUCCAGUAUGUGAGAGACAAUGUCUUGACUGCCUCCUCCGGAAGUCGACGCACUGAAGGUGUUCCACAGUUACUGAUUCUGCUGAGUGGUGGAAGGUCCUUUGACAAUGUUGACACUCCAGCUUCUGCUCUGAAGGAGCUUGGGGUCUUGAUCUUUGGAAUUGGAACAAGGAGCUCUGAUAGCAGAGAAUUGCAGAGGAUAUCACAUGAUCCCAGUUACGCUCUGUCUGUCUCUGACUUCACUGACCUUCCAAACAUCCAGCAGCAACUUCUGUCCUCGGUGGAGUCAGUUGUUAUUGACGUUACGCCAGAAUCGACAACAGAUUUAGUUGAUCAUGACACCUCCAGAAAGGAUGUGGUAUUCCUUGUGGAUGGUUCUGAUGGCACAAGGAAUGGAUUCCCAGCAAUGCGUGAUUUUGUUCAGCGAGUAGUGGGGAAACUCAAUGUGGGAGGAGACAAAGACCGCAUUUCUGUUGUCCAGUACGGUAGAGAUCAAGAAGUUCAUUUCUAUCUGAACACAUACACCACAAAGGAGGACAUUCUUAACACUGUGAGAAGUCUGAGGCACAGAGGAGGUAGACCCCUUAACACUGGGGCAGCCCUCCAAUACGUAAGGGACAACGUCCUUACUGCCUCCUCUGGAAGCAGAAGCCAAGAGGGCGUCCCUCAGAUGCUGAUACUGCUGAGUGGGGAAGGUCCAGUGAUAAUGUUGACAUACCAGCUUCUGCCCUGAAAGACAGCGGGGUCUUGAUCUUUGGCAUUGGAACCAGAAAUUCCAGCAGAGAGGUUCAAGGGAUUGCCACUGAUCCUAGUUUUUCCCAGUCUGUUUCUGAAUUCACUGACCUCCCCAGCAUCCAGGAGCAGUUUUUCUCCACACUCAUAACUGUACAAGUUGAGGCCACACCCAAAACCCCAACAGUCAUAGUGGACCAAAGCAUUGCCAGAAAGGAUGUAGUAUUCCUGCUGGAUGGUUCUGAUGGCACUAGGAAUGGCUUUCCAGCAAUGCGUGACUUUGUUCAAAGAGUGGUAGAGAAACUCACUGUGGAGGAGAACAGAGAUCGAGUCUCUGUGGUCCAGUAUAGCAAAGAAUCAGAGGCCCACUUCUAUUUGAACACUUACACAACAAAGGAAGACGUUGUGGACACCGUAAGAGGCCUGAGGCACAAAGGAGGGAGACCCCUCAACACUGGGGCAGCUCUCCAGUAUGUCAGGGACAAUGUCUUUAUUGCCUCCUCCGGAAGUAGGCGCCUUGAAGGUGUUCCACAGAUUCUGAUACUGCUGAAUGGUGGAAGGUCCUUUGACAAUGUAGAUACACCAGCGUCUGCUCUCAAGGAGCUUGGUGUCUUGGUGUUUGGAAUUGGAACAAGGAGCUCUGAUAGCAGAGAAUUACAAAAAAUAUCCUAUGACCCCAGUUAUGCUCUUUCCGUGUCUGAAUUUACUGACCUCCCCAACGUCCAACAGCAGCUUCUUUCUGCUAUGGGCACUGUCAUUGUACAGGUCACAACCAUGACACCAACAGUAAAACCAACAAUCCUAGUUGAGAGUCAGGCUCCCAGGAGGGAUGUCGUGUUCUUGCUGGAUGGAUCUGAUGGCACGAGGAGUGGAUUCCCAGCAAUGCGGGACUUUGUUCAAAGAGUAGUGGAGACACUCGGUGUGGAUGAGAACAAAGAUCGCGUGGCUGUGGUCCAGUACAGUAGAGAUCCAGCCGCCCAAUUCUAUCUGAACACAUACACAACAAAAGGAGAGAUUCUCAACACUGUAAGAGGUCUGAGACACAAAGGUGGGAGACCUCUCAACACUGGAGCAGCUCUCCAGUAUGUGAGAGACAAUGUCUUGACUGCCUCCUCCGGAAGUCGACGCACUGAAGGUGUUCCACAGUUACUGAUUCUGCUGAGUGGUGGAAGGUCCUUUGACAAUGUUGACACUCCAGCUUCUGCUCUGAAGGAGCUUGGGGUCUUGAUCUUUGGAAUUGGAACAAGGAGCUCUGAUAGCAGAGAAUUGCAGAGGAUAUCACAUGAUCCCAGUUACGCUCUGUCUGUCUCUGACUUCACUGACCUUCCAAACAUCCAGCAGCAACUUCUGUCCUCGGUGGAGUCAGUUGUUAUUGACGUUACGCCAGAAUCGACAACAGAUUUAGUUGAUCAUGACACCUCCAGAAAGGAUGUGGUAUUCCUUGUGGAUGGUUCUGAUGGCACAAGGAAUGGAUUCCCAGCAAUGCGUGAUUUUGUUCAGCGAGUAGUGGGGAAACUCAAUGUGGGAGGAGACAAAGACCGCAUUUCUGUUGUCCAGUACGGUAGAGAUCAAGAAGUUCAUUUCUAUCUGAACACAUACACCACAAAGGAGGACAUUCUUAACACUGUGAGAAGUCUGAGGCACAGAGGAGGUAGACCCCUUAACACUGGGGCAGCCCUCCAAUACGUAAGGGACAACGUCCUUACUGCCUCCUCUGGAAGCAGAAGCCAAGAGGGCGUCCCUCAGAUGCUGAUACUGCUGAGUGGGGGAAGGUCCAGUGAUAAUGUUGACAUACCAGCUUCUGCCCUGAAAGACAGCGGGGUCUUGAUCUUUGGCAUUGGAACCAGAAAUUCCAGCAGAGAGGUUCAAGGGAUUGCCACUGAUCCUAGUUUUUCCCAGUCUGUUUCUGAAUUCACUGACCUCCCCAGCAUCCAGGAGCAGUUUUUCUCCACACUCAUAACUGUACAAGUUGAGGCCACACCCAAAACCCCAACAGUCAUAGUGGACCAAAGCAUUGCCAGAAAGGAUGUAGUAUUCCUGCUGGAUGGUUCUGAUGGCACUAGGAAUGGCUUUCCAGCAAUGCGUGACUUUGUUCAAAGAGUGGUAGAGAAACUCACUGUGGAGGAGAACAGAGAUCGAGUCUCUGUGGUCCAGUAUAGCAAAGAAUCAGAGGCCCACUUCUAUUUGAACACUUACACAACAAAGGAAGACGUUGUGGACACCGUAAGAGGCCUGAGGCACAAAGGAGGGAGACCCCUCAACACUGGGGCAGCUCUCCAGUAUGUCAGGGACAAUGUCUUUAUUGCCUCCUCCGGAAGUAGGCGCCUUGAAGGUGUUCCACAGAUUCUGAUACUGCUGAAUGGUGGAAGGUCCUUUGACAAUGUAGAUACACCAGCGUCUGCUCUCAAGGAGCUUGGUGUCUUGGUGUUUGGAAUUGGAACAAGGAGCUCUGAUAGCAGAGAAUUACAAAAAAUAUCCUAUGACCCCAGUUAUGCUCUUUCCGUGUCUGAAUUUACUGACCUCCCCAACGUCCAACAGCAGCUUCUUUCUGCUAUGGGCACUGUCAUUGUACAGGUCACAACCAUGACACCAACAGUAAAACCAACAAUCCUAGUUGAGAGUCAGGCUCCCAGGAGGGAUGUCGUGUUCUUGCUGGAUGGAUCUGAUGGCACGAGGAGUGGAUUCCCAGCAAUGCGGGACUUUGUUCAAAGAGUAGUGGAGACACUCGGUGUGGAUGAGAACAAAGAUCGCGUGGCUGUGGUCCAGUACAGUAGAGAUCCAGCCGCCCAAUUCUAUCUGAACACAUACACAACAAAAGGAGAGAUUCUCAACACUGUAAGAGGUCUGAGACACAAAGGUGGGAGACCUCUCAACACUGGAGCAGCUCUCCAGUAUGUGAGAGACAAUGUCUUGACUGCCUCCUCCGGAAGUCGACGCACUGAAGGUGUUCCACAGUUACUGAUUCUGCUGAGUGGUGGAAGGUCCUUUGACAAUGUUGACACUCCAGCUUCUGCUCUGAAGGAGCUUGGGGUCUUGAUCUUUGGAAUUGGAACAAGGAGCUCUGAUAGCAGAGAAUUGCAGAGGAUAUCACAUGAUCCCAGUUACGCUCUGUCUGUCUCUGACUUCACUGACCUUCCAAACAUCCAGCAGCAACUUCUGUCCUCGGUGGAGUCAGUUGUUAUUGACGUUACGCCAGAAUCGACAACAGAUUUAGUUGAUCAUGACACCUCCAGAAAGGAUGUGGUAUUCCUUGUGGAUGGUUCUGAUGGCACAAGGAAUGGAUUCCCAGCAAUGCGUGAUUUUGUUCAGCGAGUAGUGGGGAAACUCAAUGUGGGAGGAGACAAAGACCGCAUUUCUGUUGUCCAGUACGGUAGAGAUCAAGAAGUUCAUUUCUAUCUGAACACAUACACCACAAAGGAGGACAUUCUUAACACUGUGAGAAGUCUGAGGCACAGAGGAGGUAGACCCCUUAACACUGGGGCAGCCCUCCAAUACGUAAGGGACAACGUCCUUACUGCCUCCUCUGGAAGCAGAAGCCAAGAGGGCGUCCCUCAGAUGCUGAUACUGCUGAGUGGGGGAAGGUCCAGUGAUAAUGUUGACAUACCAGCUUCUGCCCUGAAAGACAGCGGGGUCUUGAUCUUUGGCAUUGGAACCAGAAAUUCCAGCAGAGAGGUUCAAGGGAUUGCCACUGAUCCUAGUUUUUCCCAGUCUGUUUCUGAAUUCACUGACCUCCCCAGCAUCCAGGAGCAGUUUUUCUCCACACUCAUAACUGUACAAGUUGAGGCCACACCCAAAACCCCAACAGUCAUAGUGGACCAAAGCAUUGCCAGAAAGGAUGUAGUAUUCCUGCUGGAUGGUUCUGAUGGCACUAGGAAUGGCUUUCCAGCAAUGCGUGACUUUGUUCAAAGAGUGGUAGAGAAACUCACUGUGGAGGAGAACAGAGAUCGAGUCUCUGUGGUCCAGUAUAGCAAAGAAUCAGAGGCCCACUUCUAUUUGAACACUUACACAACAAAGGAAGACGUUGUGGACACCGUAAGAGGCCUGAGGCACAAAGGAGGGAGACCCCUCAACACUGGGGCAGCUCUCCAGUAUGUCAGGGACAAUGUCUUUAUUGCCUCCUCCGGAAGUAGGCGCCUUGAAGGUGUUCCACAGAUUCUGAUACUGCUGAAUGGUGGAAGGUCCUUUGACAAUGUAGAUACACCAGCGUCUGCUCUCAAGGAGCUUGGUGUCUUGGUGUUUGGAAUUGGAACAAGGAGCUCUGAUAGCAGAGAAUUACAAAAAUAUCCUAUGACCCCAGUUAUGCUCUUUCCGUGUCUGAAUUUACUGACCUCCCCAACGUCCAACAGCAGCUUCUUUCUGCUAUGGGCACUGUCAUUGUACAGGUCACAACCAUGACACCAACAGUAAAACCAACAAUCCUAGUUGAGAGUCAGGCUCCCAGGAGGGAUGUCGUGUUCUUGCUGGAUGGAUCUGAUGGCACGAGGAGUGGAUUCCCAGCAAUGCGGGACUUUGUUCAAAGAGUAGUGGAGACACUCGGUGUGGAUGAGAACAAAGAUCGCGUGG